GUGCCGGGUGCUGCGCGCGAUGCGGUUCAUCCGGCAUCAUGUCAGCAGCAGAGCGCGCGCUCGAGACCCCAUCAGAUGGGAGCUCUCCUCAAUCCAAACAGGAAGUGGAGCUGAUUUUGGCUGUAAAGGGAAAACAGAUGGAAGACGUGACUGGACGUCAGGAUGAGGGACGUCCCACCACAUCCACUAAAACUUUGUCAGGCAGCGCUGGUAAAAGCGCAUCUCCCUCCACCUCGUCAUCAGCAUCUGGCAGAGCUAAAAUGAGCGUCUGCGGUCCAGGCAGUAAGUCGACUCCGUCCUCAUCUUCAUCGCUCUCCUCCUCAGCUCUGUCUUCAGCCAGUCCUCCUGCUAAAGUCCACCGCGCUCGCAAGACCAUGAACAGACCACCGUUCCCACAGAUGAAGACUGUCGAGUCGAUCUUAGCAGCUACACCUGAGAAACCCGUCAGCGGCGCGAAAACAGACGCCGACACAGCUGUGAAGAAGCGUAAAGUGGGUUUGGACUCUGAUACCACAGUGAAUCCUUCAGGAACUCCAGAGAAGAUCCCGAGGCCACAGACAGAGCCUGCACUGAGCGUGUCUCCAGCGACGGGGAAAGUGGAGCCAGUUGCCACGGCGACUAAAGAGCAUCACAGCGGUUGGCUGGAGGAUCUAGAUGAGGAGGCAGAUGAGGAAGAUUUCCACCUGCUCUACAACAGUUACUCUGGAGACGAUCUCAUUUACUCUGACAGCAAGUCAGAUGAUGGGAUAGUAGAGACGCUGGAGGCGGAGCAUCUCUCUGAUCAUAGCUCUGGCUCUGAUCUGCCCCUCGCCGCUUAUAAGAAGACAUCAGCAGAGAGAGACGAGUCGCCAUGGAAACGUCAGGGGAAGGGUAAAGGGAGAGACAGACCCCCCGUUGGAGAGCUGGAGACGGAUAAAGGUGUGGAAUCCAGAGCCGCAGCCGCAGUGGGCAGCACUGACUACACUGAGGUCACUCUGGACUCACUGGACAUUUCUGCACCGGACAGCCUCUCUCUGUCUCCACACGCAGAUGGGAGCGAUGCAGAAACCGAGCGUCUGGAGGAGCUUCCUCUGUGCAGCUGUAGGAUGGAGGCGCCACGUGUGGACGGAUUCAGCGCUCGCUCCAACAGAACCUGCAUGGCCAUAGAGAGCAUCAAUGGAGAGCUGGUGGGCUGCACCAAAGUGAUCGUGAAGGGGGAGACGAUGCGUCCAUCCAGCCGCGUGUCUUUAAUGGUGUUGUGUGAGACGCACCGUUCACACAUGGUGAAACAUCACUGCUGUCCGGGCUGCGGAUACUUCUGCCUUUCUGGAACGUUUCUUGAAUGUUGCCCGGACGUUCACAUUACUCACCGCUUCCACCGGGGCUGUGUGUCAGUGCUGGGCUGUGGGCGGAGUCGAGGAGGAGUGGGCGUCGGCCUGCUGUUCUGCCCUCAUUGUGGUGAGGAUGCGUCAGAGGCACGUGAGGUCACCAUCCCUCCUGCAGUGCCCUCUUCAGGGUCUAACGUGGUCACUGCAAGUGCGUCGUCCACCACGACCACACCCUCGCUACUUCCCUCCGCGCUCGCGGCCACAUCACGGGUGCUAAACAACGAGAAGAAGAUGGGCGAACCGAUCAAUGCAAGGAUGCAUUGUCGUGGAGAUGUAAGAAAGGGGGCGGAGCUUCAAACUCAGCCGGCCAAUGGCACUCCAGGAGGGGGCGGGGUAGAGGAUGUGGUCGCCCUGGGUGACGGCGGAGUGGACAGUGUGGGACCAUCGCUCGUCCUGCCCAAUGGGAAGCCCGUGUGUCCCAGCGCACUUCCACCUGGAGACAGGAGGGCGGCACUACAGAGAGCCAUUCUCACACAGGACACCGAGAGGAGGAAGAAGCUGCGCUUUCAUCCCCGUCAGCUCUGUCCUGCAGCCAAACAGGGUGAAGCUCAGCGAGUUCUGCUCAUGCUCAUGGAGGGCAUCGACCCGUCGUAUCAGUCAGACUCUCAGAACAGACGCUGCGCUCUGCAUGCGGCCGCUCAGAGGGGUCUGCUGGAGGUCUGUUACCUGCUCAUACAGUGUGUGAGUGCUGAAUCGUCUGUGUUUGUUGUCCAGGAAGAGGACGGAUCCACAGGCCUCCAUCACGCUGCCAAACUGGGAAAUCUGGAGGUGGUGAUGCUGUUACUGAGCACCGGACAGGUGGAUAUAAACGCACAGGAUAGCGGCGGUUGGACGCCCAUCAUCUGGGCGGCAGAACACCGACAUAUAGACGUGAUCAGAGCUCUGCUCAACAGAGGAGCCAACGUCACGCUCCGAGACAAAGAGAUGAACGUUUGUCUGCACUGGGCGUCGUUCUCGGGCAGCGCUGAGAUAGCGGAGCUGAUCCUGAACGCCGGCUGUCCUCUGUCGUCCGUUAACCUGCACGGAGACACGCCGCUGCACAUCGCCGCUCGCGAGGGCUACAUCGACUGCGUCACGCUGUUUCUUUCUCGUGGUGCUGACAUCGACAUUAUGAAUAAGGAGGGCGACACGCCGCUCUCUCUCGCCCGCUCUGACACACCCGUCUGGGUGGCGCUACAGAUUAACAGGAAGUUGCGUAGAGGAAUCGCCAAUCGCAUUGUACGGACAGAGAGGAUCAUAUGCAGUGACGUGGCUCAGGGUUAUGAGAACGUUCCCAUCCCGUGUGUUAACGGCGUUGAUGAUGAAGGCUGUCCGUCUGACUACAAAUACAUCGCAGAGAACUGUGAAACAUCCACCAUGAACAUCGACCGCAACAUCACACACCUGCAGCACUGCAGCUGUACAGACGACUGUUCCUCCAGUAACUGUCUCUGCGGGCAGCUCAGCAUCCGCUGCUGGUACGACAAGGAUCAUCGCCUCCUUCAGGAGUUUAAUAAAAUCGAGCCUCCUCUGAUCUUCGAGUGCAACAUGGCCUGCUCCUGCCAUAAGGCCUGCAAGAACCGAGUGGUUCAAGCUGGAAUCAAGGUGCGUCUGCAGCUCUACCGAACGGAGAAGAUGGGAUGGGGCGUCAGAGCGCUUCAGGACAUUCCUCAAGGAAGUUUCAUCUGCGAGUAUGUUGGCGAGCUGAUCUCUGACGCAGAAGCAGACGUGAGGGAGGACGAUUCGUACCUCUUUGACCUGGACAACAAGGAUGGUGAGGUGUACUGUAUUGACGCCCGUUACUACGGUAACAUCAGCCGCUUUAUAAACCACCUGUGUGACCCCAACAUCAUCCCCGUACGUGUGUUCAUGCUGCACCAGGACCUGCGCUUCCCUCGCAUCGCCUUCUUCAGCUCCAGAGACAUUUUCACCGGACAGGAGCUCGGGUUUGAUUACGGCGAUCGUUUCUGGGACAUCAAGAGCAAAUACUUCACCUGUCAGUGCGGCUCAGAGAAAUGCAAACAUUCGGCGGAGGCCAUCGCACUGGAGCAGAGCCGGCUGGCCCGUCUGGAAGUCUGUCCCGAAACAGCCGGUGAAGCCGGACUCCCUGUGUUAGGACCCUCGUGAUGAAACCCUGAAAUGGGACGCACACAUGUACAGCUCUCAAACGUGUGCUUACAUGCAAUUAUCACAGUGAAGGUUGUGUUUGCAUCUUUGCAUUUCUUCCAUCUGACAGGACACAGGAAACUAUGAAAUGACACAACGGCCUGAAGUUCAGCCCACGCAAAUGCCUUUUGAAAAUACCACCAGGAAGUGACAUUCAAAUUCAAGGCCGUCAUUCCUGCUCGGACUAGGAGGGGAAAUGUUGCAAAACCUGUGAUUUUAUGCAAACUGUCAUCAGAUCACAAACAGACCCUCUUUUGCAUUAAAAAU